AUGUCCAUUGAGGCUGCCAUCCACACCCUUCAUUGGCACGAUAACAACCUCCCGAUCUAUUCGCUGGACAUCCAGCGAACGAAAAACCCCGAUACCGGCACCCGUAGCGCACGCGUGGCCACUGCGGGAGGAGACAACAACGUGCGAAUCUGGCGUGUAAACUAUACAGAGACCAAAGUAGAGUCUGUGGAGUAUCUGAGCUCGCUCACGAAACACACCCAAGCCGUCAAUUGUGUUCGAUUCAGUCCUUCUGGCGAUAUGCUGGCGAGUGCUUCCGAUGACGGAACAAUAAUGAUAUGGUGUUUGUCGGAUAAAAUUAUCAAGGAGUUCGGCAACGAGGACGACGAUGUGAAGGAGAGCUGGUAUUUGGAAACUUCGUGUAGGUCCUCAACGCUUUCAGAGAUCUACGACGUUUCGUGGUCGCCGGACUCCAAAUACAUCUGCUGCGGAUCAAUGGACAACAUCACGCGUAUAUUCAGCGUGGCCACGGGUGCCAUGAUUAAGCAAAUUGCUGAGCAUAACCACUACGUGCAGGGCGUUACGUGGGACCCCAGGAAUGAGUAUAUCUGUUCUCAAUCGGCAGACAGGUCUGUCCACAUCUACAAGAUAGUGUCAGAAAAAGGAGCAGACUUAGUUCUGUCUCCGACGACGUUUUACAAGAUCAUUCGCGCAGAGCUGCCGACCAAAAGCCUCACCACAGAAAAUCUCAAAGAGAACUCCGAAAGCUCCAACAUGGACCCUCCUUUACAGACACCUCGUCACAAACGGACACAUUCAAACUCAUCCGCCUCCUCCUCGCAGUCCAUCGCGGUGUCGGCUACGCGCUCGUCGUCUCCGCUCCCUGCCGUAAUGCCUGCCUCGCCAAACCCUGUCUACAAAAGCCUGCAACUUUACCACAACGAAACGCUUCAGUCUUUUUUCCGGCGACUCGCUUUUUCUCCAGACGGCAUGCUAUUAUUCAGCUCCAGCGGGGUGUUCAAGACAGACGCGUCUGAGGAAAACAUCAAUACCGUUUACAUUCAUACGCGGUUUGGUCUCAAUAAGCCGCCUGUCGCGCAUCUGCCUGGAUUCAAAAAGCCGGCCAUAGCGAUCAAAUUUAGUCCGGUGCUAUACAAGCUUCUGGAUAACGAGAAAAGUGUUUUCAAGCUGGCCUACCGCAUGGUGUUUGCCGUGGCGACGCAAGAUUCGGUCGUGAUAUACGACACACAGAGACUCAAGGCGCUGGGCAUCGUCACCAAUAUCCAUUACUCCGUGAUCACAGACCUCAGCUGGUCCUCUGACGGACAGGUCCUGAUGGUUUCAAGCGCAGACGGAUUUGUUUCGAGUGUCAACAUAACCAGCUCGCUGGUCGGCGAGGUGGAAACCUACAGCGUGGACGAGUACCUGAGGAAGCACAAACAGGCAAACGCCCCAGCAAACGCUGGUCAACAGACCUCCAUUAUAGACCUGCUGAGCGCAGACCCGACCUCGGCAACGGAGUCAAUCGGGAAACCGGGAGACUCGGUGCAGGUGAUCGACAUCACGACCCCGCAGCCGGAGCGCGACAGCACGCCGGAACCCGCACCCAAGAGGGCCAAGAUAUAA